AUGGCAUCAACAUUAUCAUCACCUCUGCUGCAGACUCUUGUCGCUCUCUGCUUGUGCGCAGUCCAAACAACAGUCGCCCGAACCGUGACCUAUGACUUCAACAUUUCAUGGGUAGCCGCCAAUCCCGAUGGCUUCAGUCGGCCAACUAUCGGUAUCAAUGGCCACUGGCCGCCUCCCACCAUAAGCGCUGACCUGGGCGAUACCGUCGUGGUCAAUGUCGUCAAUGCGCUGGGGAACCAGUCGACCUCUCUACACUUCCAUGGCCUGUUUAUGAAUGGAAGCAGUGAGCUGGAUGGGCCUGCUCAAGUCAAUCAAUGUCCCAUCACCCCUGGGUCGACGUUUACCUAUCAGUUCAAGGCUACCCAGGCUGGCUUAUACUGGUACCACUCCCACGUUCAGGGCCAGUAUCCCGACGGCUUGCGAGGACCACUCCUCGUUCGCGACCCGGAUCAUCCAUAUCGCGGACUGUAUGACGAAGAGUUGCUGUUGUCCGUCUCGGACUGGUACCAUGACGAGAUGGCACUCCUAGUCCCCAAGUACCUGCACGGCGGGGGCAUGAUGUCGCAGGAACCUGUGCCGGACGCCAACUUGCUGAACGAUACACAGAACCUCCAUAUCCCCGUCAUACCUGAACGGACGUACUUGGUUCGUCUGGUCAACAUGGCCGCGUUCGCGGGUCAGUACUUCUGGAUUGAAGAUCACUCGAUCAGGAUCAUUGAGGUGGACGGCGUCUACACCAAGCCCGCUGAAACGGCCAUGAUAUACCUCUCGUCUGGGCAGCGCUGCAGCUUCCUCGUCACCACCCAGGCUGAACCGCACAAGAAUUAUCCCGUGGUGGCUUCCAUGGAUCCCACCUUGUCCAAGAUACGUAGUAGCGCAAGCCAGAACGUGACAGGAUGGCUGGUCUAUGCGCCCGAUCAACCACUGCCGCAGCCUCAGGUCAUUGACUCUUUUAAUCCCUUUGAUGAUGUGACGUUGGAACCAUACGAUGAAAUGUCUUUGCUUCCUCGGCCAGACCAGAGCAUCGUCCUGAGCCUGGGAAUGUCACAUGCUGGAGGCAUCAAAUGGUUCUUCAACAAGACACGAUACGCAGCCCCAGAGAUUCCGUCCCUUUACACAGCUUUGUCCAGUGGCCCAUCCGCAACAAACGACUCCAUAUAUGGCUCCACAACCAACCCUUUUGUCCUGCAGCACAACUCGGUCGUGGAGAUCAUCCUCUAUAACCACCAUAUGGUCCGCCAUCCUUUCCAUCUGCAUGGCCACAAUUUCCAAGCCGUCUACCGUUCUGCCCCAAAGGCCGGCAGCUUUUUCACCAGCGGUCUCGUGGAGGAAGACUAUCCGCGGACUCCGAUCAGGCGAGACACGCUCUUGCUGGAACCCGGAGGCUUCAUGGUCUUACGAUUCAGAGCCGACAACCCUGGCGUCUGGCUUUUCCACUGCCACAUGGAAUGGCACGUAGAAACAGGUCUGGUCGCGACAUUGAUCGAGGCGCCGCUAGAGCUGCAGCUGCAGCAUAGGGAUCGCCCGUUACCCGCGAUCUCAUGCAGCUCUCUAGAGAGCGACCAAAAAGAGCAGCAGGCGGGUGUGCCUGAAGAGGAACAACACGAGCCUACUCCCGAAUCCCCGGAAUCGACAAAGGCUACCAGAAGGUGA